UUAUUUUCUGCCAAGAAGAGAGCAACAAGAUCUAGAUAGAAGACCCUUCAUUUUUUUCAGAGAAAAGACAAGCACAGAAAUACAUGAACUUGUGAAAUACAGCUCAACUUGGUGUAGUGGAAGGAAUAUUGAAUACUUAUUUUCUGACCCCGAUCAAUACCACUACUAGACAGUGUUGUGUCCAGCUGGGCCUGCUACCAUGCCUGUCCCAUUGCUCCCACUGCUGCUAAGAACUCUGCUGUCCCGCCUGCUGCUGCCCACUGCCCGCCUGGCUCGCAAGCACCUCGUGCCCCUGCUCCGACGCCUGGCCCAACGCCUGGGCUCUCAGGAGACUCGCCAAGCUCUCCUGGGCUGUCUUCUCUAUGCUCUCAGCGUCCGGAACCAGCCCGAUGCAGAGGGGAAUAGAGUAGAGACCAAGGGAGGCUAGAUUUGGGGUGGGGGCCCCCAAGACUGCAAAGCCCAAAGGGAAGCUCUCUUCUACCACUGGGCUGAGAAGGAAGAAGAGGAGGAGGUGGAGGAGGAGGAGGAGGAGGAAGAAAAGGAAAAAGACAUCUUUCCAGGAAAGGGACCUUGGAGUCUUCAGACUGUCUCUUUCGUGAGGUGAGGGUGGUGUGGGAAGGAUGCACAAAAAGGCUUCCAGCAACACUGGCAACUCUGGACUCCAGCUGUCCUCCCCACCCCCCAGCAGAAAUCACUAAACUCUGGCCUCCACUCUUACUCUGCUCAGUGAGGGUGUCCCCAAGAACUGGAUUGACCUGUCUGAUUGAUUGAUGAAGAGGAGAGAUUACAUUAAGUAUUAGAAAGGUGUCUUAAUUGGGGGUUUCCCACAUCUGGGACAUUAGUUUUCAGAUAAUCCCUUCCUCCAAUCCCUUCUGGCAAAGGCAUGUUAAUGGGCUGAGUACGUGCCUAGUCCCCGUGCAACCUGUCUGGUUCUGAGUGCUGCCUUAUCUGUCCAGUGGAAAAUGAAAAAAGCUAAUUAAUUCUGAA